CAAAAUCACUUAUUCAUUUUAAUUUGUGUAAUGACACAUGUACUUGUGAUUUUAGACCCAGUGAGAUUCAUUGUAAUGUACAAACAUGAACGAAACUCCCCAAUUUCGCUGUAACAUAAGGCAGCAGCUAUACAGGGAAACCAGAAUUAAUGUUGCUUUUAAGGGCAAGUUGACAUCAAUCCAAAUGUAUAACACAAUUCACUGCUAAUCUGAAGCCGUUCCUGCGAAUACAGGUAUGAGCUGGGAAUACAUACUCGAAGGGACACCACUCUGUAACACUUAAUCAAUCCAAUUCAUAUAUUGUUUUUUUUUUUUUUGAUAGAUGGAGAAAACCAAAGAACCCAGAGGAAAUGGACAUGGACAAAAGAAGGAACUCAGCACAGGGAUUAAGCUGAUCUUUUUUCAGACUAAAUUAGGGAUGUUAGUGUACAUGAUAACUACUCAUAGGGUUGUGGAAUUUAUUAUGACCAAAUACACACUUAGGAAAUGUGUCAGAUAAAUCUAGUGUUGUAAAGGAUAAAAAGAAUAUAUUAAAACAUACUUAACCUGCAUGAUUUAACUGUUAAGAUCACCUUCAGAAUUAAGCCUGUCUGGUAUAUUUCUUCCUCUGACAAUAUAUAUUAUGCUAGUUGUUUGUAUUCCACUCCACUUCACGUGCGUCUACCAAAGCGAUUGGUCAUUUCACUGUAAAAGAAGGAUACAGCAAUAUGAGAACUGGUUGUCCGAUAGCACUGUGUCAGCAGAUAUGCAAAAGGAGCUCCUUGCCGGGCAUUUGGCAGCAGAGAGGUACUGCGGCAGCACGUGGGACGAGUGAUGCUUUUCACCCAGCUGCAAAUCUGAAACCAGGAAAUAGUGCUUUUUUUACAGCACAAAGCAUGAUGUAGCCAAAUGAGGGAUUUACUGCAUGCUGGAGUCAGAAUAGAGGACGAGGUGGCUAUGGAGCCUCUGAGCAUCUCUGUGGUGUUGAUUUUUCUCAGCAGUUUCCUCCUCUCUCAGUGGAUCUUUCACAUUGCAUGUCCAUGGAUGUCUGAGCGCCUCAUUCCAGCUUUUCUCACAUUUACACACAGGCAGAAGACAGAGUGGAGCUCUAGGGCUGUCUCCACUGUACAUGCUUUGGUGGUGGGAUUUUUUUGUCUCUACAUAUUAAUUUUUGAUGAAGCUGUCAAGAAAGACACCAUUUGGGGUGAUCCAACACUGGUGAAACUGAAUGUGGGCAUAACCACAGGCUACCUCAUCUCAGAUCUGCUGCUUAUGAUCUACUUCUGGAAUUUCAUAGGAGAGAAGUAUUUUGUCAUACACCACCUUGCUGCUCUUUAUGCCUAUUAUUAUGUCCUGAGUCAGGGAAUAUUGCCCUAUUUUGCAAAUUUCCGUCUGCUUGCUGAAUUUUCCACCCCCUUUGUAAACCAGAGGUGGUUUCUUCAGGUUCUGGGCUACCACAAGCUCUCCAAACCCAGCCUUGUUAAUGGAGUAUCCAUGGCAUCCUCCUUUUUCCUGGUGAGGAUCGCAGUCAUUCCAAUCUACUACAGCCAAAUGUACAGUGUGUAUGGCACUGAGGCCUUCUACAGACUCACACCGGGGUCUCGCAUCGCCUGGAUCUUUUGCAGCCUCUGCCUUGACGUCAUGAACAUCAUGUGGAUGCGCAAGAUUCUUCGGGGCUGCCUCAAAGUCCUACGCUCCAGCAGAUCCCCAAAACAAGUGACAGAAUUAGAGAAGCCAAAGACUGACUGAAACAGGGAUUUGUGUUUUAUUCUUACAGAUAAAUACUGUGAUAUUAAAUAAGCCUCCAGGACCAUGAAGGAGCAUGCAAGAUAUUACAGGGUCCCCAUACACAGGCCUACAUAAAGAGCAAAUUACAAGUACUUUGUAGGUUGACAAUUACUGACUAGCUCAUGCGUUGACAGGAACAAAUUGUCAGUCCUCCUUUACCAUUUAAUGGAAAGAAACCUUAAAAUAUUCUAUUUUCAAUAUAGUUAUUUUACAACUCACUUGUUUGUUUUCCAAAAAAUAUGUUAAUUGUUGUUUGGCAUUUAAAUUGUAGCCUUGUUUAGUCAAAACAUUUACGUUUUUCUCUUUUUACCACAUUUUGGACAAGAUUUCGAAAAGCCUCACCAGUUAAUGUAGUUACCUAAUGUUAACUAAAUGUUUGUCUGUUAAGACAAACUAAUUUAUAUGAUUAAUUUUAUAUUAGAAAACUUGAAAAGGAUUCUGUAUCAGUGUAUCUGUCAAGUACGGACAUCGGAGGAAGGGGGUGGGAGAGUUUUGUUGUCAGACAUUCCAGAUGGUCAUUUAGCUCAUCUAACAUUUAGUUUAUUAAACAAAUUGGUAUAAUUUUUAGUGAUAUUUUUAAAUGAACUUAUUUAUUUACUUAUUAGUUCUCAGUCAUUUAGGACACACCCUUACCCAAAGCAAUUUACAAUUAUCUUAGUAUUUGAGGGUUAAAAGCCCUUGCUCGAGGCUUAAAUGCCUCAAAUUGGUGAUGCUGGAAUUUGAACUCACGACCUUCUGAUCAGAAGUCCACCUUAACCACUUCCCAUACUUUGAUUUUAAAAUGUAGAGCCCCUUUUUCAUUGUUAAUGGAGCAAAGGAAGACUGACAAAUUGUGCAUAUCAAGAGAAAGUGUACAGAGUGGCCUAAGAUUUAUAGUAGAUAGAAAUAAUUAUCUAAAAUAGCCGAUUAGAGUAGGCGCCGAAACUGGCAGGUCCUGACAGCGCCUACUCCAACUGCACCUGCAUACAGUUUUACACAUGUACUACAAAUGAACUCUUCACAGAUGAACUGAAGGACUGAGGAUAAUAAUCUGGACAAUCAGAACUGAUGAUGCUAAGCUGCUAAGAAGCCAAACCGAAUUUGCCUUUAUUUUAUCGGAUGCAAUAAACUCAGCACAACAUCAGCACAGAUCAACAUCAAAGAACAAACAUGUCAAUGGCUUACGACUGGAGCAAAAUGGAUGCCAUGACGUAUAUGUUAUACAGACUGUAAGGGACCAUUCAUGCCUAUGAAAGAAUUAUUUUAAUGAUAAUCUGGAUGAAUGUAUGUACCCAAACCCACAUGAAGUAGCUUGUAAAACACAUCUAUGCUAGAAUAUGAUAUAAAAUGUGUUUUUAAGUAAUCAAUUUAACCCAUAAAAUCUAUAAAUAAUUGAAUUCAUUGAGUUUAUUGGCAUUACUGAUGUUCCUGUGCAACCAAAAGAAAAUAUUUUACUAUUGGUUGUAAAGAUAUCCUUCACAAAACUUAAUCCAAAUUUAAACUAUUUAUACACCAUAGCAUUUGAGUCCUUGUAUGGUCUCCAUUAUCCAAAUAGCUGUUUGUUUUUGCCACGUUAUUAGUGGUCUUUUUUUUGCUGUCCCCCUACUGUCUUAUUGAAUCUAUUUAAUUUAAUAGUUGUGUUUUUAUUAUUUUACUACGUCUCCAUCUUGUCUUUAAUUUUAGAUGACACUUGCUGUUGUUUAAAUGUAGAAUAGAAAUAAAGCUGAAAUAACAUGA